AUGCAUGCCAAGGCAGACUCAGAGGUGACGAGCUUAGCGGCGUCAUCACCGCCUAGAUCGCCGAGAAGGCAGGUGUACUACGUGCAGAGCCCGUCGAGGGACUCCCACGAUGGCGAGAAGACCACGGCGACGACGUCCUUCCACUCUACGCCGGUCCUCAGCCCGAUGGCUUCGCCGCGGCACUCCCACUCGUCGGUCGGCCCGCAGUCCCGGGACUCCUCCUCCAGCCGCUUCUCGGGGGGCAUCAAGCCCGGCGGCGGACCCAGGAAGAUGUCAUCCCACGAUGACAGAAAGGGAGGCCGCAGUAAAAGCGACAAGGCGUGGAAGGAGUGCGCCACCAUCGAGGAAGAAGGCCUCCUCGAGGAUGAGCGGGAGGAGAAGGGGCUACCCCGGAGGUGUUACUAUCUGGCCUUCCUCCUUGGGUUUGUCAUCCUCUUCUCCUUCUUUGCUCUCAUCCUUUGGGGUGCAAGCCGAUCUCAGAAGCCUGAGAUCACCAUGAAGAGCAUCAGAUUCGAGAACUUCAUCAUCCAAGCCGGCACAGAUGCGUCGCUCGUGCCGACCGACAUGGCCACGCUGAACUCCACCGUCAGGUUCUCCUUCCGCAACACCGGGACUUUCUUCGGCGUCCACGUUAGCGCAACGCCUUUCGUUCUCAGCUACGACCAACUCACCUUGGCCGGCGGAGAUAUGAACAACUUCUACCAGUCAAGGAAGAGCCAGAGAAAUGUUGAGGUGGUGGUGCUGGGGAAAAAGGUGCCAUUAUAUGGAGGAGGGCCAAGCCUGGCAAGCUCCCCAGGGAGUGUCGCAACCGUUCCCUUGAGCCUCAGCUUCAUGGUGAAGUCGAGGGCUUAUGUUUUGGGGAAGCUGGUGAAGCCCAAGUUCGAGAUUGGGGUGCAGUGCAAGGUGGUCAUGAAACCGGCUAAGCUCAACACCCGUGGCUCACUAAAGAACUCUUGUCAGUACUAUUGAAGAGCAUACGAACACUCUCCUCAAUCAAUUUAAAGACAUGAGACAUUUCUUUGGCUGAUUCACAUCAUUGUUCUUCGUGGGGUUGAGGGAUCUUUUUCAGCAUGUAAAAACUUUAUAUGAUGGCAUCAACUCUGGUUUAUUUUGGUUCUUAA